GAUUUUGUGGUUUUUUAAUGUUUAGAGAUGUCAAUCCAAGAUGGGUUGCCUUUCAUAUGGCCUUCUGAUGAAUCCUGAACUUAUCCAUUAAUAAUACCCAACUGCCAAAGAAAGCGUCAAUUAUUGAUAGGGAGGUCUGUUUUCUGAUCACUGGGAGCCUUUUCCACACUGAAUAUCUCUUGUCAGCUUAAGCACCCUGGGUCCUUUGGUGCAGAGGAGAGAAGAUUCUGUUUUUCCCAUCUUCGGUUGGAUUCUUAAAAGUGCAAAGAAUAAGAGAAAUUUAUCAACUGAGAUGGGAAUCUGUGUAUCCACUGCAUCUUCGGAGACCCACAAAGCCGAGGAUGGCAGUGAUAAUGUGGUAGUCAUUCAAAAUAGUUUACAAAACGAAGAAAUUCCCAAGCUUGAUUCUUUUCAUUCGCAACAAGGGAGUAAAGGACCAAACCAAGAUGCUGCUAUUCUCUUUCAGGGAUAUGGAGGGGAAGAUGGAGUUUUUUGUGGAGUGUUUGAUGGACAUGGAAAGAAUGGCCACAUAAUCAGCAAGAUAGUCAGAAAUCGCUUGCCGUCGUUGUUGCUCGACCGAAAGAAUGCUCUCUCAGUGCUUGAUACGGCUGUUAGAGACCAAGACUGUGGAGAUCAAGAGGACAGAUUAGAGUCAGACAGUAAAUUGAUGUCCAACAAGGUAUUUCAUGAAUGGAAAGAAGCCUAUCUCAGUGCUUUCAAGGUGAUGGACAAAGAGCUUAAGCUUAAUGAGAAAUUGGAUUGCUCUACCAGUGGGACAACUGCAGUAACCAUCAUAAAACAGGGAGAAGAUCUUGUCAUUGCUAAUCUUGGUGACUCAAGGGCGAUGUUGGGAACCUUGACUGAAAAUGGGCUUAUGGUUGUUCAACUCACAACUGACUUAAAGCCUAGCUUACCCAGUGAAGCCGAAAGAAUAAAGAAGAACAAUGGUCGGAUAUUCGCACUGAGGAACGAACCAGACACUCUACGUGUAUGGCUGCCUAAUGAUAACUUUCCUGGCCUUGCCAUGACACGAGCAUUUGGAGACUUCCAGCUGAAGAACUAUGGCAUAAUUUCUAUCCCCAAGAUUUCCUAUCAUCGCUUAACUGUGAACGACCAAUUUCUUGUUCUUGCUACCGACGGGGUAUGGGAUGUACUCAGUGUCAAGCAAGUUGCGUCAAUUCUGUGGUUUGCAGAGAAUAGAGAGACAGCAGCAAAAGCAGUGGUUGAUGCAGCUGUUACCAAAUGGAGAUACAAGUUCCCUUCAUCCAAGGUGGAUGACUGCACCGUUGUCUGCCUCUUCUUGCAGGAGAAAAGAUGACAUGAACAAUUCUGUCUCAGAACAUUUUUCUCUCUUCUUCUCCAAAGGCCGAAGGUUCAAUGAGCUCUAUCAGAGAAACCCAUUAAUCACCGACCCAUUGGGUGAAAUAGCCAUGGCACAUGGUACCAGUUCUCAAAAAAUGCCGUGGAUCCUCCAUGGCUGCAUCACAAUGAACUCACAGGUAGCCACAUUGUUGAACAGACCCACAUACAAAUCUGUAAUCAAUUUUCAGUAAUAGCUUUCUUAUUUUAUGCUUUUGAACUCAA